AUGUGGUUGUCAGCCUUAGGUAGAUUACCGGCCGCGCCCAAGAAGGGCUCCAAGAAAACCGUCACCAAGACCGCCGGCAAAGGAGGCAAGAAGCGCAGAAAGUCCAGGAAGGAGAGCUACGCUAUCUACGUGUACAAGGUCCUGAAACAGGUCCACCCUGAUACCGGGAUCUCCUCCAAGGCUAUGGGCAUCAUGAACUCCUUCGUCAACGACAUUUUCGAGCGUAUCGCUGGUGAGUCCUCUCGUCUGGCUCACUACAACAAGCGCUCCACCAUUACCUCCAGGGAGAUCCAGACCGCCGUGCGCCUGCUGCUUCCCGGUGAGCUGGCCAAGCACGCCGUGUCCGAGGGUACCAAGGCCGUCACCAAGUACACCAGCUCCAAGUAAAGCGCCUUAGUCGCUCUGGCAAACCAACGGCUCUUUUAAGAGCCACCCAUCUUAUCAACUGCAUGACAGUUAAGCACCCUGGACUCGAUCUAGUCCUGCUUGGUAGCUGUGUUUUAC